UCAAUGUCUGUAAAGCAUAAACAAAAUGUGCAAUCCGGUAAUAAGAAAAGAAGUAGAAAAACUAUUGUAAUUGAUUCUGAUACUGAGGUUGAAAAUGAAGAUGAUGGUAAAGAGAAUAAGUUGAUAUCAAGAUUUAAUGAACUUGAAUAUUGGGAGAAGGAUUUAGCUCUUAAAGAGCAUGAACUUAUUUUAAGGAAACACAAAGCUAAAAUUCGUGUAAUAGAAUUGACUAAUCUUGAAAAAGAGCGUCAAUUGAAAUUAACUAAUACUAAUUAG